AUGGUGACCAAUCACGAGGACGCAUACGACGCGCCGCCAGAGUACACGCCGAGCGAGCGGACCGAGGCGACCGCGACGACUGAGGGGACAGAGUACGAGCGUGCGCCGCGCGAGCAGCACGGAGUGUCAAGCGGGCCGCCGAGGUUGCGCGCCGAGUCGCCGAUGUGCAUCCGCUCAACGAACGGCUCCAUCAAGACCAACUACGCCGUGCGCCUCAUGGCGCCCGUGCCCGACAAACCUGAUGCGGAACUGCGUUCGGCGAACGGGUCGAUCGACACGAGUCUCUCUCUCACUGGCACUCGCCCUGCGACGAUUACAGCGACGUCGUGGAACGGCUCGGUCCGCCUCCGCACCGAGCGCCAGGGCCCCGUGUCCAUCGAGGCCGAGAGCAAGAAUGGCGCUGUGCAUCUCUGGCUGCCGCGCGGAUUCGACGGCGUUGUCACUGCGAGUAGCGGGAAUGGGAACGUCAAGCUCAGCGAGGCGCUCAUGGAGAGCGCGGUGCUGGUGCCGCACGAGGGGGCGGGGCAGGCGUGGCGCGUCAAGGCGCCAGGCGCGCGGGGUGGUAGCGGAGGAGGGGGUGGAAGCGGCGGGAACGGAGGGAACGGAGGGAAUGGCGGCGGCGGCGGCGGUGGUGGUAGCAGGAAGGGGAUCCGGGCACAAGCCCAGAUCGAGAUUGAGUUCAAGUUCCGCACCGGCAGCAGCAAGAGCGGAGCGCCUGCUGUGCCUGCACCUCCUGUGCCGCCCACGCCGCCUGCACCUCCUGCCCCGCCCGCCGCGUCAGCUGUUGGCGCCCCACCCAAGCCUCCCGUGCCCCCUGCGCCGGCCUCCGCGGCCUCGGCUGCCUCCGCGACGUCCACGAGCUCGACCCCUAUUCCGAACCCCUUCACGCCGACAGACGACAAGAAGAGCCUCGCGCUCGCCUACGCUACAGGCGAUGCGGAGCGUGAACGAGAAGCCGGACUUGAAGCUAAUGAGGAGUCCGUGCCAGUGCAUGCGCAGUGGGAGCGGGAGGACGAGAUUCCCGAGGAGAAGGCGGGUCCCGACCGCGUCAAGGCUCGGACGGCUAAUGGGAAUGUGAGGAUCUACCUCGCGGACGAAGGGGAGGAGGAGUGUUCUGGCAGAUGUCUCGUCAUGUGA